ACGCCGCCGCCAUGCCCUCCCUCCCCGCCCGCCUCCUCGCCCGCCGCGCACUGGCCGCCCCGCGCAUCCCGCCCCGCGCCUUCCACCACGCCUCCCGCUCCCUCGCCCCGCCCGAGCCUUCCCUCGUCCCCCCGCCCACAGCCCUCUCCGCGCUCGCAUCCCGUCUCUCCCUCAGGCCGUCCCCCGCCCUCCAGUCCGCCCUCGUAACAUGUCUCACACAUCCCUCCUUCGUUCCCGCCGCACAACAGGACAGCGAGCUCCAAGCCGGCCCGGGAAGCGCCGCUCCGGCAACGAAGGAAACCAACGAGCUCCUUGCGACCCUCGGUAACUCUCUCCUCGGCCUUUUCGCCUCGGAGCACCUCUCCACCAUUUAUCCGUACCUCCCUACAAAACCUCUCCAACAAGCCGUCACCGCCUACGUCGGCCCGGCGUCGUGUCUCUCCGUCGCUCGUUCGCUUGGUGUCGCUGUCCAGGGUGGUGGUAACACUGGUUUACCAGGAUUAGGUGCUGGUUCCAGCAGUGCGGGUGUUGCUGUUAGAUGGAGCAAGACUGCGGUUGCCGAGAGGAACUGGAGAGAUACUAGGGGCGAGGCUGCCCAGGGACCUUUGAAGGUGCCCGUCGGCAAAAGGUUCAGAAAGUACAUCAAGCAGGAAGAUCAGGACGUUACCGUUCAGGCGCGAAGGGAGACACACGAGGAUGUGGUUGCCAGCGCAGUGCGAGCAUUCGUCGGACUGAUCUAUCAGGAACAAGGUAUCCAUGCCGCGCGAGCAUUCACCCACGCCCACUUCCUUUCCCGAGCUCUUGACCUUCCUUCUCUCAUCACCCCCAUCAAUCCUAUGCAAGUGCUCUCCUCUGUUGUCUCCUCCCACCUGUCCGCUGCCGGCGUCCCCGCUUCCUCCUCUCACACCCUCAUCCAACCACGCUUACUCGCUUCCACUGGUACCGCUUCCCAAGCGCCCCUGUUCCUCAUUGGCCUAUUCUUGCCUUCAGGUAUCAAGCUCGCCGAGGGACACGGGUCAAGUAAAGCCAUGGCUCAACAUCGGGCGGCUGUGAAUGCCCUGCAAAGUAUUUUCUUUAUGCGUGGCGAUCAGGACGGUGCGCAAGUAUUAGGUAUCAAGGGUUUGGGCAAGCCUGUUGGAGAGUUUGGGGAAGGCUUACCUUCUUCUGCGCACGAAGAAUGGGUGUUUGAUGAUGGUAAGGUUGUGAAGGGUGAAGAAGAGAGGUCAUUCGAAGGUGUGGAAUGGGGAGGCAAGGAGGUUUUGCCAGGGAGCAGACGGUAGAUUAUAUGCAUAUAUCAUGUUUUGG